CAACACAAUCGUAAAAAAUAUUGGAGGCUACAGAGACCUCAUUACAAAGAAGAUUGGUACUGUAUAAUCGUUAUUUAUUUGAGCUUUCCUAUAAUUUUAAAAUAUUUUCAGCUCCUCCCAUGCGCAAAAUUUUGUUUGAUGAAGCAGUGGAAAGGAUAAAAGAAAUUGGAGCAGACCAAGUUUGGGCUGCUCUUCCAUACCUUGGCCAGCAAAAAACGACUGAAAGAUUUUCAACCAAAGAUUUUGCUAGCAUUUUCCGCUUGCAGUACAACUCAGGAGGGUUUUCUGAAGCUUGCGUUUCAAUGGAAGAGUUCCUUCAAUAUCUGGUUGAAUUUGUUCCCAACUUGAAAGAGCUCGAGAUUAAGGACCCAAUUAUGGCAUACCCAGACUCCGAAAGGGAAAUGUUCCAAAAAAUUCGGCUACAGCCACUUGCCACUGACCUGCUCUUGAAGAUGGAAAACUUAACUCGAGUCAGCAUUAUCGAAGUUACCAUCACAUUUACAGAAUUUGUGCGAGUCUGCAGGGAAAGCCGUUACUUGCAGUGCAUUCAAGCAAAUAAUAUUCUGGUCGACGUGGUACCAAUUCAUUCCUUGGGAUACAUUCUGGAGACCCUCGCCUCUAAAUUUGAUUACCGAGUCUAUAUCGAAAGGGAAUUUCCUAGAAAAAUUCACAUAUUUUUGAGGGAGACAAACAAUGUUAAACCUCUUCAAGAAGCAAAGGUCAUUCUUUCGAGUGACUUCUUUGACCUGAUCCCUAUUGGUAUGACUCAUCUUCAGAUUUAUGAUAGGAAAAGAAUUGACUUCCAAAACGAGAGACACCGUUUGCUGCGCAACCUGCGCAGAGUAGGAGGAACUCUAAAAGAUCUUACCCUCGUAGACUUAAGGCAAGAAUUGAAGAUCACGUUCAGACAUAUCUUUGAACUCUGCCAAGAUUUGGAAAAUCUCAGUGUAGUAGACUCCUAUUUGAGUCUUGAGGAUCCGAUAGUUUCUUUUGGUCAAUUGAAAAGGUUUAUCUGGACAAACCGGAUUUAUGGUGAAGAAUUACAGUACAGCACCUUACAACUUGACAGAAUUUUGUCUGCGCCUCAUCUGCAAGACAUUUUCAUCAGCACUAACCUCAUAUUAGAUCUUGGUGACAUAAGGUCACUUUUGAACCGGAUUAGAAAUCGUAUGAUUUUGACCAAUUUGACCAAGAUGAAUAUUUAUUAUUACGUUCAUCGCAAAUCCCAAUGUUUCAAAGAAGCAGAAUUAUCCCAUUUGGCUAUUGAACUGCGCUCUUUAGGUUGUGAUGCAUCGGUUUCAAUUUAUAGACUACCAUAGAACAGACCAAUCACUUUACUGUAAAUAGACAGUAGGCUGCGCUUGUGUACCCGCACAGAAAAUUACAUUCCAAAAAUAUCCGGAAUAAUCUUGGCCUAUUUGAUUUUUAUCCAAAAAUAUUAAUCCAAAAAAGGAAUCCAAGAUUAUUCCACGAUUAUUAUUCCAGGUUAGCCACCGAAUGUUUUAAGUUUAACCUUAAAAUUUAUCAUCAGGAAUAUUCCUGGUGGUGAAAAUUUUAAUAACCAUGAAUAAAUAUUCCAGGAACAUUCUUUUGGAUCAUUCAAGGGUUAACCUAAAAAAUUAACCUUAUGAAUAUUCCAGGAAUAUUUAUUCAAGAUGCCCACUAGAAUAAUUUACUACUUCCCCAUAUUUUUCGAGCGGUUCUUAAUUAUUUAAAAUUACAUACACGCAUUCCACGUUUCUAUAAAUUAUUCAAACUUGUACGCGCAAAAAAAC